GGAAACACCCUGUGAAUCAGCAGACAGAGAUCAUGCCCCACCUGCAGGAACUCACAAGCUAAAGAAACAAAAGGGAAACUGUUUUGGUUACACAAGUGGAGAAGAAAGUUAAGAAACAAAAGAGGAAAUAUGCCAAUCAAGUUCAGUGGAUGGGAGGCCUGCUGUGAAAAAGCAAAGCACCUACAGCCAGGCCAGGCACCUAAAAGAAGUCAUGGCUACACCAUGUACCACGGGACUCACAAGAGCAACGCCCCAGCUAUCAUAUCAUCAGGAUUCAAACCCUCUGCGGGAGGAACUCUAGGAGCUGGAGUGUACUGCAGCAGGGACAUUAACAAGGCUAUGGGAUACCCAGGGGGCUGUGCACCCAAUGACAGGGUGGUGUUCAAGCUGAGGGUAAGAGUGGGCAAAGUGAAGAAGAUUGAUGCCCAAAGCAUACACCUGCAGACCACAUGGCAUCAGCAUGGUUACGACACAGCUUGGUUACCGUCCACUAUGGGUGGCUAUGAGGAAGACUGCGUGUGGGACCCGAAACGGCUCACUGUGGUCGGUAUUGCACACUGCACUGACUCUGCCACAAAGACUUCUCUGGAAAACCUUAUAAAGCAACAAGGAAAUGGAACAGGGCAGGGCCAGACUGGGUCAGUGGGCGUUCCAUGUACAAGCUGUGGGAAGCAAACACUGGACAAACAUACUGUGGAGAAGUGCUGGGCCUGUAAAAUAACCAUAUGUGCUUUUAUGGAUAAGCAUGUAUGUUUGAAGGUCUGAUUACUGACCUACAUGUUUACAUAAAGGAAAUAUAAGCUAAUUAAUCCGGAGGAAAAAAGGGACAAAUUAAUAUUAAUGAUAGUUUUUUAUUUUGUAAGUUUUUGUUUUAUGCUUUUUUUUGUAGUUAUAACUCUAAACAAUUACUGGUUAUGU